AUGAUCCCUGUGCGUGAGGGUGCCGAAACAUCCAAUCAGUCCUUGGGUGUAGGUGCCACAGGCGGUAAUGGUACGGCCGAGUUUGUUGGAACUGGAGAGAUCGAUUUCUUGCGGACUCAGCCGAUGUCCCCUGUAAGUCUGAUGGGUUCGCCUUCCAUCGAUCUGAGUCUAUCGGGUCCCCGGCCUCCUCAUGCUUCACGAUUGCUUGCUUGGUUCAAGGAGCGGGUUGCGCAUCGACUGGCUUGGAUCGAUGGACCGGAGAACCCUUGGAGACAGAUUAUUUUACCUCUGGCCGAGAACUCGGAGACUGUGCUUUCGUCUGUCCUUGCGCUCGCGGCACAUGAUUUGGCCUCCCAGUAUCCUGUUGAAGAUCCCUGGUUCGUCAGGUUUCAGCAUAUCUCAGAUGCGUACCAAAAUAAAGCCCUAGCACUCCUGGCGAAGGAACUGAGCGACCUGACGGCCUCGCCUUCGUCGCAAUCCAGCCCGGACGCGUCCAUGACACUGGCUUCCGUGCUCAUCUUAUGCAACAACCAACUUCUUUCAGCACAGUCAUCAGGAUGGAAGAUCCAUUUGCUUGCCGCACGCGAACUGAUCCUUGUUGGAGAAAGUCAAUCCUACCUCCACCAGCAACUCCUUCGCAUCCAAGAAUUCCUCCUCCAGGAAUUCUACUCCACCUCUGUUUGGACUCAUCUAACCGCCUUUGACGACAUGAACGUAAUAAGUAACCUUAGCACCGCCCCCACAAGCACCGAAGACGCCGCAGUUGCAGACUUCAUCCGUAUAAUCCACCAGAUCACCCAACUGGAACGACAACAAAGCCGCUCCCAGUCUCCGCUCCCUUACUCCCUAAUUGAAGACAUCCACUCGCAAAUCGAGUCCGCACGCGUCAAAAGCUUCCGCUUAAGCCAAAAAGUCAACUUCUGGUCCGAUUCCGAUCGCACAGACUUUGAAUUCGUCGUCUGGAUGUUUUACCACGCAAACCUGAUCUACAGCGCCCAAGCCUUCCCCCAGCUCCGCGACACAGUGAUCGACGUCACCCAUUCUCGGGAUCAGAUCCUGAGCCAUGUGCGGCGUCUUUCUGAGACGAGAAACGGAAUGUGGGCGCAGGAUCUGGUUUGGCCGCUUUUCAUUGCUGGGACGGAGUUGAGGGGGGAUCGCCCAAGUCAGAAGUUUGUCGAGGGCGCGUUUAAAGAUGUGAUGCGGCUUAGUCGGACGUUGGAUCGGGCGAGGGUUUUGGGGUUUUUGGAGACUUGGUGGAAUUUGGAGGAUCAGAGACUUGCGACCUGGAUUGAUUUGGCGAGGGAACGGCCUGAUGAUUUCAAUUUUCUGCUUUUGUGA